GUUGACCCUGCCGCCCCGCUGCAUUGUGGGAUGGCACAUCGGAGGCGGCGGGGGAUCUGAUGGCUACGGCGGCUCCCGUACAGUUGAAUUGGAGGCGGGUGUCUUCCUAUACGGGCCCGGUGCCUCGCUCCCGCCACGGGCACCGCGCGGUGGCCAUUAGGGAGCUUAUGAUCAUUUUUGGGGGCGGUAACGAGGGGAUCGCGGAGGAGCUUCACGUUUAUAACACGGUAACAAACCAGUGGUUUCUCCCGGCUGUAAGAGGAGAUAUUCCCCCGGGUUGUGCUGCUCAUGGAUUCGUGUGUGACGGGACAAGGAUCUUAGUCUUUGGAGGAAUGGUAGAAUAUGGCAGGUACAGCAAUGAGCUGUAUGAGUUACAGGCAAGCCGCUGGUUAUGGAAGAAACUGAAGCCUCAGGCGCCAUCCAAUGGAUCCCCACCUUGUCCUCGGCUUGGCCACAGCUUUUCUCUCCACGGCAAUAAAUGUUAUUUAUUUGGUGGACUGGCCAAUGAAAGUGAAGACACCAACAAUAAUAUUCCCAGGUAUCUAAAUGAUUUUUAUGAGCUUGAGUUACGACCAGGAACUGGAGUUGUUGGCUGGAAUGUCCCAUUUAUGAAGGGGACCCCUCCGUCUCCAAGGGAGUCUCAUUCUGCAGUUGUAUACAACAGAAAAGAUAUUGGGAAGUCAAAGCUUUACAUUUUUGGUGGGAUGUCUGGGUGUAGGCUUUGCGAUCUUUGGGAACUUGACAUCGAAACAAUGACAUGGAUGAGUCCAGAAACAAAGGGUCCAGUGCCUUUGCCCAGAAGCCUUCACACAGCAAAUAUUAUAGGAAACAGGAUGUAUGUUUUUGGUGGCUGGAUUCCACAAGAUGAUACGUCUCCUCAAGAUAGCCAAUGGAAGUGCACAAACUCCUUCUCAUACCUGGAUCUGGACACCAGGGAGUGGACAAUUUUAAUGUCAGACUGUCUAGAAGACAAGAAGAAUUGGCCAAGGCCAAGAGCUGGCCACUGUGCUGUGACAAUUGGGAAACGCCUGUAUAUCUGGAGUGGGAGAGAUGGUUACAGGAAAGCAUGGAAUUAUCAAGUUUGCUGUAAAGACCUGUGGUAUAUUGACCUGGAAAAGCCGCCAGCGCCUUCCCAAGUCCAGCUGAUCCGUGCCACCACCAACUCAUUUCAUCUGAAAUGGAAUGAAAUCCCAACUGUUGAAGGUUAUCUACUGCAGUUAAAUCCAGAGUCUUCAUCUUUAUCAAAUCCAGGAACACCUGCUCCUAUCAGUGAAAUUUCAGCACUGAACUCUCAAGGCAACAUCGCUCCUGUUGUACAUACCUCUCCCCUUCAUGUGCUUCAGAACAAUGACAGUCGUGACUCUCCUGGUUUCGGAGUGGAUCAUUCUGAUCUAAAGAGCAACAGUGGUCAAGCUAAUCAAGUAAGAAUUUAUUCUCAUCAAGAAGUAGAUACGAAGAUUACGGUGUCAGAGAAUCAUGCUCUCUCAGGGGCAACAGAGGAGAUACAUGGCAAAUCACAAACUUCACCGGAGACUAAACUCAUUGGUCCUCAUACAUCAUCAAAUUUGAAUGAUGUGGAUGACAUGGAUAUAGGAAAUGUAACUCCUGCCGUUUCUGCUUCCGGCAUUGUCUCCAGUGCACACACUAUGGUAACCCAGCAGACCAAUCUUAUUAAAGAUGGCACCUCAAUAACAACAUGCAGUACAAAAUACGAAGAAAAAUGCACACCUCCGUCAAAGCCUCCACUUCCUCUUUCCACAACUAGUCACCUAAAAGCUACGGCUAAAAAUGGGAACAAACUGUGGUGCGAUGUUGGGAUUUUUCAGACAAACACUGCGGCCGUGACUCAUUUCUUCUUGCUUUCUGAGGGCAAACAGGCCACAUCUAAUAAGGACUGCGACCAAGAUAUCUCCGAUGUUACGUUAUUGAAAAAGCAUGAUUUAUUGCCCGGAAGUGCCUAUAGAUUCAGAGUAGCAGCAAUUAAUGGCCUUGGAAUAGGGCCUUUCAGUAAAAUCAGUGAGUUUAAGACAUGCAUUCCUGGCUUUCCUGGAGCACCUUCAUCUGUAAAAGUAACAAAGACAGCAGAUUGUAUCCACCUUUCCUGGGAGACGCCUUCCUCACCCACUGGCAAUAUUUUAGAAUACUCUGCCUACUUAGCCAUACGCACCACACAGCUGCCAGAGGCCCUGAAUCAGCUUGUGUUCAUGAAGAUCUACUGCGGCCUCCAGACAGCCUGCACUGUGACAGCCGCCCAGCUGGCAAAUGCCCACGUUGACUGCACCUCCAGGCCUGCUGUCGUGUUUAGGAUCUCUGCAAAGAAUGAAAAAGGUUAUGGACCAGCUACACAAGUUAGAUGGCUUCAAGAUUCCUCCAAAAAUAAAAAAGAAACGAAGAAUACAGAGAAACAAAGUGUGACAACAUCACAAAGCAGAGAAAACAUGAGGUUGAAAAUGGAGAAUCCCUAACUGGAUCCAAAAGCAAAGUCGUGUAGAUGUUUAACAUCACAACUGCAAAGAAUAUGUCUAUUUUAAAUGUUGCCCCCUUUGGCAAUAGAGCUAUAUGUUUCACUUUUGUUUUUUUUGUAAUAUUUUGUAAAUCUAAAAAAAAAAUGUUUUUAUUUUUUACAUUAUGCUUCUUAUAUGUCUUAUUGUAUAGGUAUAUAAGUAUAUACAUUUUUUGUUGACAAUUAAGUGUUAGUUAAAUGUACUCAGGUGGGAUUACAUGGUUCAGUUUCUGUUUAGGAGAAACGGACUUUUGCUUCCAUAUUUUUUACCACUUUCCUAUACUUGUGGGUAUCUGUUAUAAAGCAAUAAAAUGGUGCAAAGGGACAGGAGGAAUGUGAAACUAGUGCAAUACACAAGGCACGCUGCACUUCCUAGUAUUAGGGUCUUGUGCCAGUCAUUCACGAUAUGAUUACAGGGGUAAAUUAUGAUAGAAAGUAAAUUAAAUAUUUUCAAUGUGUA